UAUCAGAUCCCGAAGUGUUCGUAGUUAAGCAGCCUCCGUGGCACACAAGUCAUACGGCGCUCUAUAUUCCUGCUGAAGCGAAGAUGCAGUUGAAGGGUUGCGUUCUCGCUGUCCUAUGUUUCCACAUGUUAGCAUCGCUGACAUCUGCCAGCCGUUGUGUUAUGCGAAGCCACUGCGGUCACGAUGAAGAUCUUGACAAAGACAUUCCCUGCAAGGUCAACGACGAACCAAAAGCCCUGUCACCAUCUGGAAGGGGUCUCUUCAGUGAGGUCUGCCCAGACCUCGCUGCGACCACGGGUCCAGACCAUCUUACUUGCUGCGAUGUUGAGCAGCUCAGAGCUCUGAAGGAGGAUUUGCAACAGCCUAUCGACCUUGGGAUGAAGGACUAUCCACGCUGUCUGAGGAAUUUCAGAAAUAUCUUCUGCCAGCUGGUCUGCUCACCGAAGCAGUCAGACUUCGUCAAAGUGGUCAGUUCUGAAAACAAGGCGCAAGGUCUCCCGUACGUGAAGAAAGCCGUUUAUGCAGUGAGUGAGAGAUUCGCGAAGGGAUCUUAUGAUUCGUGUAAAGAUGUGAAGGUGAAGAAAGAUCGCAACCUGAUGUCCUUCAUGUGCGGAUGGAACUGCGACUUAACUAAGUGGUUCACGUUUAUGGGAUCGACUGCUCCUGAAGGAGGAUAUUCGCCGUACAACAUUCAGUUCCAUAUUACGAAAGAUUCGACAGUGAAACUAAACGGCACGGAAUUGAGACCCAUGAACGUGAGUCUCGCGUAAGAGUUUGCCCUCGAGUGACAAGAGUAAUGAACCCUGAAAUGUCUGCUGCUGUAUAGAUUCAAGAUGAAGCACGAGAAGAAGAGAACUGUGAUGCCCGCUAAGGAUUUUUAUUCGGCAAGGGAACCACGUGACUACAUCAUUGUAGCAAGAAGAACCUUUCUGAUCAAUAGACUGCUCAUUGAAAAGCCACGUUUCGUAAAUUGAAGUUGCAUAAUUAACUUCGUUACAGGAACGAUUUUCGUGCACAGAUCGUGAUACGUUGUCUGUGACAGUGGAACCUCGUCGAUGGACUUCGUUUCGAUGAAUUUCAUUCCGACGGACUAGUUGUCAUUAAGCCGUGCUGUAACAACGAUUUAUUAAAUUAAAUGAACGUCCAACG